AUGUUAAGAAGUGGGUGGGCGGGGCCUUGGGGGGCUAACCCCGAAAAAAUAAGCGAUGUACGUCACAAAUGAAAAAUAUGUAACUCCUUUAUAUAAAGCAAGUAUUUCUGACACCUUCUCAAAGGUUUGAGUAUACAUCAUUUGUCAUUUGUUUGUCUCAAAGGAAAGAAAACUGGUGCGCCUGGCACUCACUAUUACCCGUCUAGUUCCCAGAAUUAACUUUGCAGGUUUUUAUAUGCAUUAAGAAAUUGUAACAGACUACACACCGGUAAACUGGUAUCUCAUGCUGUACGCCCUUCUCGAGAGAUCGAACAUUGCAACCUUCACGAAUAGUCAAACAAAUUGACAUCUCUGUACAUCUACCAUCACCAUGGCAACAGAAGAGGAAAUUGAUGACUCCCUUUACAGUCGUCAGCGCUAUGUCCUAGGUGACACAGCUAUGAAGGCCAUGGCUCACUCCAAUGUCUUCCUGAGUGGACUUGGAGGCUUAGGAGUUGAAAUCGCCAAAAAUGUUGCAUUGGCCGGUGUUAGGUCAUUGGUGGUUCAUGACACUAGGAUAGCAACCUGCAAAGACCUUGGAACUCAGUUCUUUCUGAGAGAAGAGGAUGUCACUGCCAAACGAAACAGGGCUGAAGCCUGCCAGGCACGUCUUGCCGAGCUCAACCCGCACGUCUCCAUCACGUCAUCCACAGCUAGUCUGACCUCAAAGUCUGACCCUAGCUUCCUCCGUCAGUAUCAGUGUGUCGUCCUGACUGAAGCUCCUCUGAGUCUGCUACUCAUGGUGGAUGAGUUCUGCCGAAAUCAACAACCUCCCAUCAAGUUCAUUGCUGGUGAUGUAUUUGGCCUGUACAGCUACACGUUCUGUGAUUUUGGUCCUGAGUUCACCAUCAUGGAUCGCACAGGAGAGGAACCCACGGAAUCAUUCGUUGCCACUAUCACUAAGGCGAAUCCAGGGGUGAUUACCAGUCUCGACAACCGAAUGCAUGGAUUUCAGUCUGGGGACCACAUCACAUUUAAAGAAAUCGAAGGAAUGACAAUUCUUAAUGGAAGCACACAACAAGUAAAAGUUUUAUCACCCUAUGCCUAUAGUAUAUGUGACACCAGUGGUGACGACUACCAGCCGUAUGAAAACGGAGGCAUUGCUGUAGAAGUGAAAAUUCCAAAGACAGUAACGUUUGAAAGCUUAAAGAAGCAACUGGACUCUCCGUCAACGACAUUUGUAGACUUCCUCAAGGAUCCAAUCUUCUCCCAUGUUGCCGUCCACUCACUGCAGCAGUUUAGAGAAGAUCAUGGCAGACUACCUGGGGUCAGAUCGUUGGAGGACAGCAAUGCAUUUAUCGAGAUUGCCAGACAGUUGAACGGCAAACUGGAGAGCGCCCUCAAUCCUCUGGAUGAGAAGAGUCUCCGGAUGAUCUCAUUUACUGCCGAGGGGUGUUUUGCCCCGCUUACUGCCACCAUGGGCGGGAUCAUAGCUCAAGAGGUCCUGAAAGCACUCACUGGGAAGUUCACCCCUAUCAACCAAUGGUUGCAUUUGGAUGCAAGUGAAGUAUUGAAAGAUCUGGACCAGUGCCCAGCCAGCGCAUUCCAACCAAGGAAUGACCGAUACGACGCUCUACGGAUCUGUCUUGGCGAGGAUCUCCUAGGGAAGUUUCACAAUCUCAAGUUGUUCAUGGUCGGCUGUGGUGCCAUAGGCUGCGAGAUGCUCAAGAACUAUGCAUUGUUAGGGAUCGCUACAGCUGAAAAGGGCAAGAUUACAAUCACCGAUAAUGACAUCAUAGAGAAAUCCAAUUUGAAUCGGCAGUUUCUCUUCAGACCACACCACAUUCAGAAACCCAAAUCCACGACAGCAGCAGCCUCAACACAGGACAUCAAUCCAAGUGUUAACAUAGAUGCUCAUCUACACAAAGUUUGUCCCGACACCGAGACAACAGUUUUUAACGAUGAGUUCUUUAAGGAUAUGGAUGUAGUAGUCAACGCGUUGGAUAACGUAGCAGCUAGACAGUACAUGGACAGCCGCUGUGUAACCAAUGAGAGACCACUGAUGGAGUCAGGCACCAUGGGAGCUAAAGGCCAUGUACAGGUCAUCGUGCCACACAUGACAGAGACGUACGGCAGUCAACGAGACCCACCCGAUGAGUCUGUGCCAUACUGUACACUCAAGUCCUUCCCAGCUACAGUAGAACACACUAUACAAUGGGCUAGAGAUAAGUUUGAGAUUUCCUUCACCCAGAAACCGACAAUGUUCAACAAAUAUUGGACGAACAACGGUUCACCAGAGGUAGUCAUCAAGAAGUUCAAUGAUUCGGAGCAGCCAGAGAACUCCAUGGCUGUCAUCAAGCUUCUCAAGAACAGACCAGUCAGCUGGGCUGAGUGUGUCAGCACAGCCAGGGUCAAAUUUGAGAAAUACUUCAAUCACAAGGCAAAGCAGCUUCUUUCUGUCUUUCCAUUGGACCACAAGAUGAGCGAUGGAACGCUAUUUUGGCAAUCCCCCAAGCGACCGCCAGCUCCAGUCAUCUUCAACACGGCAAGUGAACUACAUAUGCUGUUUGUUGUCAGCACAGCGAGGCUUACAGCAGCGUAUUGCGACAUUCCAGUAUCUGAGCAUGACCUGAGCACCGACACGUUGCUACGGAUACUGUCAGGGGUCAAAGUGCCACCGUUCAAACCAUCCAAUAAGGUGAUUGAAACGGAAGCAUCGUCUCCCACCAAACCUCAGCAAUUAUUGGAGCCAUCUGUGACAUCAGAUGAGAUAGAGCAAUGCCGACAACAGCUAGCUCAGCUGCUAGCAAAGAAGAGGGCCACACCAGGUCAUUGUCGGAUGAUUCCUGCCGACUUUGAGAAAGAUGAUGACACCAAUGGUCAUAUAGAUUACAUCACCUCGGCGUCCAACCUGCGAGCGACGAUGUACCACAUUGAGCUUGCUGACCGCUUCAAGACCAAACGCAUCGCUGGCCGGAUCGUACCGGCUAUCGCUACGACAACGGCUGCAGUGGCUGGACUGGCCACUCUAGAACUAAUCAAGUACGUCAAGGGUGCUACCCUGUCCGAUUAUCGUAACUGCUUCCUCAAUCUGGGCCUAUCUCUCAUCAUGUUCUCGGAGCCCGGCCCAGCCAGCGUCACUCAGAUCAAACCAGGGUUAAAGUUCACACAGUGGGACAUGUGGCAUGUACAUGGACAGAGAGGAUACAAACUCAAGGAUUUCAUGCAACACUUUAAGGAUACCUAUGGCUUGGACAUCUCUCUGGUCGUGCAUGGGGUCAAGAUGAUCUUUGUGCCAAUGAUGCCUGGCCAUAUGAAGAGACUAAGUAAAAGCAUGCUGGAACUUCUCAAACCCAGCGAUGGUAUCAAGUACAUGGAUCUCACUAUAGGAUUCGAACCUCCAUCAGAGGAUGCAGAUGAGGACCUCCCAGCUCCUCCUGUGAGGUAUUACUUUGGUCUGUGAGGAGACUUGAAGAAACCUCAUCAAUAUCCUAAUGCAGCAGCACGCCACUAUAAUCUACACUCCAAUAUGCUGACGAUUUGGCUAUGAUGAACAUCAUCUUUGCAACCAAAGUUUUAUGUACAGUAAUGAAUUCCCUGCACGAACAGAACAUGGGGUAGUAGUGAAGUUUAGGACCCUGUUCCAUAUAAGAGAAUGAAAAGACACUUUAAUGUUUUGGGACUUCAUACGUAUACAUUUGGCGAUGAUACAAGC